AUGAGAGUAAAUAAUCUGAUACAAAACAAUACUUGGGUCAUUCCAGAAGAGAUGCUCAAAUUUGUCAAUACUGAAGAGCUUCCCAUUCUCUCUCUUGAAGAAGAUAAAUUAAUUUGGACUGCAACUCAAACUGGAGAAUUCACUAUUCAGAGUGCAAUAAAUGUUAUUAGAAAAAAACACCCCAAGCUGAGGUGGUUUAAGAGAUUAUGGAAAUCUUGUGUUCAUCCCUCUAAUGCUGGAAAUGUGUGGAAGAUAACAAGAAAUUCUUUCAAUACUGAUGAGAAUGUCAAGAAAAGAGGUAUGUCUCUAGCCUCCAGAUGUUACUUAUGUCACCAAGAUCAAGAUUUAAUGAUUCAUAUCCUUUGGGAUUGCAAUUAUGGUCAACUGUUAUGGAGUUGGAUUGGUGGCAUAUUUGCAUUCAAAUAUCCUAUCUCCUUUGAUGACAUCAUGAUUAUCUGUAAGAACAGUAGCCCUAUGAUACAGGAACUGUGCCUCAUUACAGCUUCUAACAUCAUGGUGGAUAUAUGGUUUUCCAGAAAUCAAGUUUUCUUUGAGAAUACCUUACCUGAUUUGGAUAGAGCUAAGAGAAAAUUAUCAAGAAUGAUACAUGAAUGUGAAUUCAGACUCAAAGGAAAAAUGAGCAAUUCUGCUUAUGAUCUUCAAAUUCUAAAUUUUUUUGAUAUAAAAUGUAGAAAAGUAAAAUCUUCCAGAGCCAUUGAGUGUACUUUCUCAAUUUCUAAAGAUGGAGACAUUCUUCUCUGCUGUGAUGGAGCAUCAAGGGGGAAUCCAGGAUAUGCUGGGUAUAGAUUUAUAGCUAGAGAUAGUAUUGGUAAUUUUGUUACAGCUGAAUCUGGUGGAUUGGGUAUUACUACUAAUUUUGUUGCAGAAAUUAUUGGAGAUGUUAGUUCAAUAGAAUGGGAUUGCAGAAGCUGA